AUGGCGGACUCGGGGGCUCCGACCGUGGCGACGCGGUCAUCCAUGAUGACGCGGAUCCGUGAGCGUUAUCUGCAGCCGUACCACGUGGGCAAUCUCUUUCUCAGCCUCAUCUACAUUGUGCUGCGACUCACGCCGCUCUCCAUGACGGUCUUUGAGCUCGAGGGUGGACAUCUCGAUGCGAACGAGAUGCAAACGCUUUCGAUUCUUGGCGUGGUCCUUGCUAUCAAGUCCCGGCGUGCUGGGUCCACUGAUGCUAUGAUCGACACAAGCUUCCUCUUUUUCAAGGUCACCACGGCCUAUCUCUUCUUCCAGCAAAGCGUAGUGCACUUUGUCCUCUACGGUGCCGCUUGCACUAUCAUGUACAUUUUGUUUCCCUCGCCCACGCUGGGUCAGCAGCACGCGGUGACCGUGGUCAAUCCUGGACGAUUGGAGAACAUUUUGCAAGAGCGUGCACCAAAGGUGGCCAACACUUACGUUUUGCUGAUGCUCUCGGCCUCGUGGAGCCCACCUUGCAACCUGUUGGCUCGCGAAUAUGCGGAGCUUGCUGAUUCGUAUGUGCCUCGGUCAAGCACCUCAUAUUCUCGUGACCAUUUGCGCUUCUUAAAGCUGGAUGUGGGUCGUUUCCCUGUUGUGGCCACGCAGUACAACGUCAACACUGACGCCAUGUCAAAACAGCUGCCAACGCUGAUCCUAUUCAAGAAUGGAAAAGAAAUUCGACGCCGACCUCGCCUUGUCAAUGGGCGCGUCUACUCGUGCCGCUUUGCUUCAGACAUGAUUGAGCGUGACUUUGAGUUGAGCGGCAUCUCCCGUGGUGACUUUGCCAACGAUGACAUUGCCCCUUUUCCCGCACCGCAUCACAAAACUGAACAGAACAUGACAAGAGAUGAAUCUCUCUCUCUCUCUCUCUCUCUCUCUCUCGAUCUCUCUCUCUCAAAACUCUCUCUCAAAACUCUCUCAAAACCCUCUCUCUCUCUCUCUCUCUCUCAAAACUCUCCUCAUCAUCUUCUAAUUAUAGCGUAUACCCUUUCCGAGGAAGCUCUCAUACAAAUCGAGCUGCAAGUCAGAUUGCACAAAUUAGAUCUGGCUGACAAGCGCGAGCGGGAGGAAAAGGCAGAGCAAAAGGCAGCCACGGAGAAGAGACGGGCAGUGUGCAGUGAAAAGAUUGACAUAUUGGAGAAAAGAUUCUGUGGUCUCACGGCAGAGAACACCCUGGCCCUUCGAGAAAAGAUGAUGUCAUUCAAUGACAAUGAGUUUGAGCAUUACGUCGUCCAGUGGAUCAAGGAGGACAUCUCACCCGAGAAGAUGAAGUCUUUCCCCAUUGAAGGUCUAUUCUUGGCCAUUGUCUUGCAAGAGAACAGCAUUUCUUCGCGACUGACCAUCGUGCUGCAGGAGCACUUUGGCCUGAACUUUGUCCAUCAGUACGCCAUCGGCGCCAAAAACACCCAUGUUGAUUGGGCGGGCUUUGACCGCAACCACCACGUUGUUGUCAUGGGUGAGUGCAAGAAGGAGGCUCAGCCGUUUGAUCAAUAUGGAGGACAGGUUGCCAAUGAGCUCAUGCGACUGGGAGCCAUUGCAACACGGUAUGAGAGCAGAAGCUCCGCGCCGCUGACGGACCGGAAGCGCACCGAGUGGCCCAUUGUCAACAUCAACGUGGUGGGAAGCCAUGUGAGCGCAUACCUGGCCCUCAAUGUCUCUGGAGGUCGCUGGUUAACGGUCAGGGACUUUGCGUCAUCGCUGCUGCCAUCACUUGAGGGCUCAAGUGCCAACGCAAAGAAGAUGCAGAAGACUGGGCUGUUCUUUUUGCGACUCGGUACUGCAGACUUGAAGAAGAGUGACGAGAGUGAACGGCAGGUCGAAAGCAUCUUGGAAGCGUGCAAGGAGUUUGUGCAAACCGAUUUGUCAGGCCUGCUGGCUGGGGAUUGGGAGGAUGGCCGGCUGCCAAGGCGGCCAGAGUUGCCCCCACAACCCUUUCCUUGCCCUUUCAAGGACCUACACGACUGGAAGUUGUUCAAAUCGUUUGGUCCCAACGUGCAGGUCUACAGCAAAGGAAAACAAUGCACGGUGUAUAAGCACUUUGACUACUGGGGUCGCAGCCUAAACCUCUGCAGCGCCUUGAACCGUGUCGUGAAUGACCAAGAUCGCCGCCACCCGCCCAAUGAGCGAAUCCUGAGGCAACUUGCUCAACUGGAGGCGACGGGCACCUUCUAUCAGAAAUGGAAGGUGACGGAGCUUGCAUCUGCCGUGCAUGUGCUCAGCUACCCUUACGUGGAGCUGGCGCAUCCCACCGAGCUCAAGCAACUGGUCCAGGUCAUACGCCAACUGGAGGCCAUCCACAGCGUCGACUUUGUGCACGGCGACAUUCUCCCCCGCAACAUUCUGUUUUGCAGCGACUGGGAAGAACAUCCUGCGGCCUUUCUCAUUGACUUUGAUCUUGGCCGGUUCCUCGCCGAUGUACCCCGCUAUGCCUCCAACUUUGCCACGGCAGCGGAGGUGCUGGAGCCGUAUCGUCACGGUGAUGCGAUCCCACAUGCGAAGAUGGCGAAGGGGCAUGAUGGCUUUGCCUUGGCGCGUGUCAUGGAGGACUUUUUAGAGGCUGACGGGUCUCGUGAUAAGCUGGUGGCUGCGCUGAAUCAUCUCCGCCUGGAUGAGGCUGCCAGGCUGUGCGAGGCCUGCAAGCUUCUGUCUGAUUUCAAGGUUUCCGUGUCGGGCAAGGCCACGGGCAGUCCGCAUAAGUGA